AUGCCGUCCCUACCGCCCCAGGAACCAGGUCGCUACCUCGCAGACAAUCCCAAUCUUACUGGCUUCCUAAGCGACUCUUUCUUCGACUCACCACCGGAGAGUGCUUUCUACAUCUCAAACAUCACUGAGUGGAGGAAGGAAAUCCCAGCCCCGGUCGUUUCCGCACCGGACUUUCCUUUCUCUUCAGACUUCCAGGACAUGCACACAGCAGAAUUCUUUGAAAUCAAGGAUACUGCUUCGGAGUGCAGCAUGGACAGCGCAUACCAGAGCCAGAGCGGCGCCAGCCGGCGCGGAGCCCAGAAGCCGGAGCUACACCACCAGGAUAGCCGGAUCAGCAGCCAGUUUGUUGGCAGCGACAUCUACUCGCCGACAAUGAGCUCGGAGAACUACAGCACAUUCCCGGAGACCCUGGACAUGAGCCACAUGCAACCAGCCACAUCCGGAUCAUGGAAUGCCACAGAGGGACCCCUCACAUAUGCUAAUUACUCUACAGCUCAGGACUACACACACUACUCGCCAGCGAACAUGCCUCGCUUCGCACCUUCCACCAUCGCCGACUCACCACAGUGGGCUACAUCCGAGACCACCUUCCAGAACAACCCCUUCACCUUCACAUCAUGGCCGACAAACGACACCAUGUUCAACUCGCCUCAGCGGUGGCACAGCGCCUCCUACGAUGCCUCAGAGCGUCCCGCCACCCUACGCAACUCAUCGUCAUACUCUCUCCAAGAGGAGUCACGGCGAGCUUCAGCACAAGACGCUGGCUUCGGCGCUUUCGUCGGCACCCCGACCAGCACCGCCAGUGUUCACUUCCCUCAGACAGUCAACGUUCUCGAGGACACCAAGCCCGCAUCUGUCGCCCACUCAGUGGAAGACAACGAGGACAGCCUCUCCCAGUCUGAGGCAGCUGAGACCAAGCUCGAAGAAGAGCGCACCAAGGUCGCCCGCAGCCACCCUCUCUACCAGCAGACACCAGACAAGGAUGGAAAGUACCACUGCCCUGAAGAGGGCAAGGCCGGAUGCACCCACAAGCCCACCGCUUUGAAGUGCAACUACGAGUAUGUAUCAUUCUUACACAACCCAACAUGCACUGACACCUACAACAGCAAGUACGUUGACUCUCACCUCAAGCCUUUCCGCUGCAACAAGAAGACCUGCGUCGGUGUGCAGUUCUCCUCUACUGCAUGCCUCCUCCGUCACGAACGUGAGGCGCACGGUAUGCACGGUCACGGCGCGAGGCCGCACCUUUGCCACUUCCGCGACUGUGAGCGCGCUGUGCCAGGUCACGGCUUCCCUCGUCGCUACAACCUCUUCGACCAUAUGAAGAGAGUGCACCAAUACGAUGGGCCCACUACUGAGCCAUCCCCGCCUGUCCAAGGACAGGCUCCUCGCAAGUCGGCGUCUCGCAAGCGCAAGGCGUCGGCUGAGGAGACUGGUGAGAAGCGCGUCAAGGUUGUCAAGCUCACUGCCGAGCAACAACGCCAGCAGCGACGAGAGGCUCUCACCAAGGAGUUCUUGAGCAAGAAGCAGCACAUCAUUGAUGUUCUGACCAAUCUCAGUGCCCCCAACGAGCUCGGCGACGACAUCCAGUUGACGAAGGAGGUCGUUGGCCUCCACGACAUCUGCACUCAGUACCGAGAUGUCUUCGGCGGCUGA